AUGGAUUGGAGAAAUGACGAAUCUGAUCAUUCAAGCGUUGAAAAUUUUGCAUGGGACGAGAGAAAUCUUUUGUCCAAGACUAUGAGCGAUAUAUGUUUGUCAGUGGCAUUAGGAUGUAAUGUCUGUUCUCAAGGAGUACAGACGAAUUUUGGCAAUUGUAAAGAGUCAAGAAGCUUUACAUCAGCACUUGAACGUUUGGAACUGGAGGCGGAAAUUGAAUCCAGAAAUGAUACGAUACCGCUUCGUCGAACAAGCGAUGUGCAAACUGAACCACCCGAUGAUAUUGACCAAGAAUUGUUCGGUUUAAAUGCUAAAGAUAUGUUGCCCUAUAAGAAAUCUGUUCAACAUUCUGAUAUUUUGAAUUUUCAAGUAUGA